GUUUCUUGGUAUUGGUAUGUUCUCCUUGCGCUAGUUGAAGUCCACGACAACUAUUUCGGUAAUCUUACCUUUGAUACAUUCCAAUUCACGUCGAUCACAAGUGUGGCGAUACUCGAUUGUUGGACGAUAGCUUGGGCAAUUAUUCUCACGUGGAUUUUCUUGGGCACGAAAUAUUCUGGUUGGCAAUUUUUUGGUGCAGCAGUUUGCGUGACGGGCCUUUGCCUCGUUCUUUUUUCUUAUGCUGGUUCGGGUGGUGGUGGUG